AUGAGUUAUAAUAACCGACGCGGAGGCUUUGGUGGUCGUAGUCGUGGACGUGGUAACCGUGGUGGACGAGGUGCCUAUGGAAGUAAUCGUGGUGGUUACAGUGGUGGUUCAUCUGUAGGAAACGAGGUGUGCAGACGCUUUAUGGACAGUGGCAAGUGCGAUUUCGAACAGACAUCGGGUGGUCGAUCGUGUCGUUAUCCACAUUUUGUCAAGACAAUUGGUGAAACACGUGGUCAUAAUGGACCAAUUAAAGACGUGACAAUGUGGAUGGAGAGACAACAACUUUUUACAUGCUCAGCAGACGCGAGUAUUAAGCUCUGGGACUGUGCAACGUGGCAGGAAGUUACGACCAUUAAUGUACAAGACGCGCUACCUCCAUCAUCUGCUUCUAAAAGCAGUACUACUAUUGGUAAUACCAAUGGAGGAAAUCGACGAGACAAAGUGCCUCAUACUGAAGGGGUUGUAGCACUUGUGCUUUGUGGCCCUUUUCUAUUUGCAGGUUUUGAAGGGCGGUUUCCACCUAAUCCAAAGGUAUCGGUCGGUAUGGUGAGAGGAUGGAACCUUGAAAACCCACAGACUCUACCAUAUGAGUUUGUAGUAUCGGAGGCGAUGCCAUUUGCACACAAAAUGAAUGUGCAGGCGUUGGCAGUGGCCACGGACAGGACGGGCAAUGCGACGUUGUUUAGUGGUAGUGCGGACGGAUGUAUUCGGUACUGGCAGAUGGAUACGGCAAUUAACCAGUUUAAAUGUGGCGGUGUGAUGGAGGGACAUGUGCGUGGAGUAACGAGACUUAAGACGUUUGCAGUGGGAGGUGUAUCCAUCUUGGCGUCGGCGAGUGUCGACUCGACGAUUCGGCUUUGGGACUUGGCGACGUAUCAAUGUGUCAAGGUACUUUCGGCUGAGGAAAAUGGACACACGGAAGCCGUCAUGGAUCUCGAAUUCUGGGUGAAUAAUAAUGAGACGUUUCUCAUGAGUGGCAGCUUGGACUCGGAGAUUAUUGUGUGGGGUCUCACGCCACCGUUCCAGCAGCUGUUUAAAGAAACGCAGGACUCGCAGGUCACCGCGCUUUGUGGCAUGCAGGAUGCCGUACAAGCUCCGAUUCUUCUAAUUGGCAUGGCGGAUGGUACGAUUUCAGUGAAAGAGCUGCCGUCGUUUGCGUAUAAGACGACAUUGGGCGCCGAUUUGAAUCACGGUCACCAGGAUGCUGUGCGGCGCAUCACCAUUGGUCCAAGCAAUACGUUCUUCUCCACUGGCAAUGACCGCAAAAUGAUUGCCUGGCAGAUCACUGGCGAUGCCGCCUCAAUCCAGUCCAAGUGA